UAGCUUGUAUUAGUAGUUUGUGGUGUCUAGUAGUUUGUGGUGCUUGUUCCGAGUGCGUAUAAUUUUGUGGCUAUUUAUUAAUUAAAUAUCAUCCAGAACAAUGUCUUCAGCUGCUCUUGAAAAUCUGGAGACUCAAUUAGAGAUGUUUAUAGAAAACGUACGUCAAAUCCGUAUUAUCGUCAGUGACUUUCAGCCACAGGGUCAAAGUGUUUUAAAUCAAAAAAUACAAUCACUCGUAACUGGACUUCAGGAAGUGGACAAAUUGAAGUCGCAAGUUCACGAUAUUCAUGUUCCUACAGAAGUGUUUGAUUACAUUGACCAAGGCCGGAACCCACAACUCUACACUAAAGACUGUAUUGAUAAAGCACUAGCCAAGAAUGAGGAGGUUAAAGGCAAAAUUGACUCCUACAAGAGAUUUAAGAGUCAUCUACUCUCUGAACUUUCCAAAACCUUCCCGAAUGAGAUAGCCAAAUAUAAGGCUAUUAGGGGUGGGGAAUAGAAUUAAGAUUUUAUCUUAUUAUAAAUUAAUGGUAGGCAGAAUUAACAUAGUUACAGUAAGGGGUAUAGACAUUUAGUGCUGGCUGUAAAAUUGUUGUUUGCUUUUAUAUGCAACAAAAACAAAUUAGUAAAUUAUUAUAAUUCAUCAGUGAAUUUAUUAGCCAUUUAUUAUUAUUAGCCGUGUUACCCAAUGUGUUCACAAUAUUUUGUAUGUGAAAUGUAGGUUCAGCUAUCUAGGCAGCCAGUUAGCUAGCUGUUGGCUACCAUGGGGAACGGGGCUUACAUGUUCGCUAAUUGAUAUGUCCAAUUACUAUUACAACUGCAUAUUUGUAUUACUUAUUUCUGGAGAGUGACCCAACC